GAUAUCCCUUUCCAAAAUAUAACAAAAAUUAUCAUAUUUCAAACACAGAUAUGAAAAAUAAAGCAGAAAUUAUCAAAUUUGAAACUCAAAUAUGCAAGUGCUCCGUUAUGGUUCCGAUCGAGAUGUACUUGGUGGAGACCGCGACAGAGGAGUGGAGUUGUCUAAGAUGACCGCCGCGGCACGAGACAAAUCAAAUCGAACUUGUUGUCGCCGUUUUUUUGCUUGUGGUGGUUCUGCAUACGAGAUUGCAGUGGCGACGAACGGGGACAGAGGCUUGCGGUGGUUCUGCUUGAUGAGGUUGCGACAGCUGUCUUUCUUGUUGGCCACGAUGGUGAUUAAGUUGCCCUUCUUCUACCAGAAAUUCAGAGUCACAGUGGUGCAUGACAUCAUCCCAGUCCAAAUUGAGAAACAAUUAUUAGAGCAAAAUAAGAAGGCGGUGCUGCUUGUCGGUACUAAAUUUGCGUUGCUUGUUAGUAGGAUAUAAAGUUUUGGUACACACGUGGAACAUCUUCCUUGCUGCUGUUACAUUCAUAUAACUUUGUAGUUACUCCUAAAAAAAACUUUGUAGUCUAUUUCAAGUUUUCGUUAGUUUGAAAAUGAUAAAGUUUGAGUAUUUAUUUUUAAUGCAAAAUACACCAUAAACAUGUAAUUAUCAUCUGAGUGGUGUAAAAAGACACAUUUCUCUAGAGAAAAAUUACUCACGUACUCUACCUCCUAAUCUCUAUUUAAUACCAAUGAACUUCUCCCUCAAGAUAUGCUCUCUCCUAUGAGUUUUUACACUUUCCCAUUUGCAAGUAACUAGGCUACUACCGACUGAAAAACCAUGAAACUCAUCCCUCCUUAAGCUGUGAAGCAUAUUUUCGAUCGAAGCAAGCAAGUUUUUCUAACCCUU